AUGAGUACAAUCGCGACACAGGGUUUAUCGUUACGGUCUUUGUUGGAAGUCGCCUUCUGCGCCAGUGAGUGUAAAGGCUGCACUUUCAGCGGAUCUAUUUCCAAUAACCAAGCUUUAUACAAAAUAAUUACGUCGCAAUAUUUUUUUUGCAAAAUGAAGGCUGUGAUUGCUUUUACCUGCCUCCUGGCACUGUCCUCUGUAUCCGCAGACGUUUGUUACAAUGAAGUAUCCAUGGAAUGUGGCCGGGAUACUAAUAGCUUAGCCCUGCCGAGUUGUAAUGCAGUGUAUGGCAACUUCGGCCGCCAAGGAAACGUGGCGAAUGAACUACAGGCAUACGCCAAUCUACAUCUGCGCAGAUCAUACGAAUACCUUCUAUCUGCUUCUUAUUACAACAAUUACCAAACAAACCGCGCUGGCUUCAGCAAACUCUUCAGGAAGCUGUCUGAUGAUGCGUGGGCGAAGACCAUUGAUCUCAUCAAACAUGUCACGAUGAGAGGUGGUACCAUGGACUUCCGUGCACGCAGCUCCCAGGAGGUGGACGGUAAGAACGGUACCAUUGAGCUCCAAGAGCUGGAGUCUCUCGCUCAUGCCCUGGAUGUGGAGAAGGAGAUGGCAGAAAGAGCUUUCUUCAUUCACCAGGAAGCGACCAGGAACAACCAUAAGACUCAUGAUGCCGAGAUCGCACAAUAUCUGGAGGAAGAGUUCAUCGAAGACCACGCCAAGUUGGUGCGAGACCUCGCGGGAUACACCACCGACCUCAAGCAGUUCAUCACCAAGGAAGACGGAAAGGAUCUAUCCCUCUCCCUCUACCUCUUCGACGAAUACCUACAGAAAGUCGUC